AUGGAAGUCAAUAAGGAUGAGGCUCUAAGAUGCCUCGACAUUGCGCAGCGGCAUUUGGACAAUGGAAACUUUCAAAGUGCUCGGAAGUUUGGCCUCAAGUCCAUCUCGCUCUUCCCAACACCGCAAGGAGAAGCAUUCAUCACAAAAGUUGCAGUAGCCGAGGAAUCAGCAUCAGCAUCGACAACUUCGGCAUCAGCUUCAGGCAAUGCUUCACAUAGAACAAACAGCUCACCAGCUACUUCAGGGACAGGGCAUUCAUCCGCUCGACCAACGUCAAGUCCACUAAGGUCACGAUCGACUCCUUCAACAGCACAUACACAUAAGCCUGUAGAACGAGAUUAUACGCCAGAACAGGUGGCCAUGGUCAAGACCAUUCGAUCUUCAGGAGGUGAUUUCUACAAGGUCCUUGGAGUAAAGAAAGACGCCACAGAUACGGAGAUUAAGAAGGCAUAUCGCAGGCUGGCAUUGCAAAUGCAUCCGGACAAAAAUGGAGCACCAGGAGCGGAUGAAGCGUUCAAGAUCGUGUCCAAGGCCUUUACGGUAUUAAGUGACCCUCAGAAACGGGCUAUCUUUGAUCAGCAUGGACCUGAUGAAAAUAAGAACUCCAGUGUUAACUAUGAUCGCGCAACACCUACAGGACAUCAUCCAUUUGGAUAUUCUCGUAGAGGGGGAGCGUAUGGAGAAGAAAUUUCACCAGAAGAACUCUUCAACAUGUUUUUCGGUGGCGGAGGAUUUGGAACCCCAUUACAUUCAACAACUUUUGCCAGACCACGGGCCCAACAAACACAUUAUCACCAACAACGUCAACAACAUUAUCGUCAACAACAUCAACGACAGCGCCAGCAGCGUGCAGCUAGGAACAAUAACUUCAAUAACGAUGACUUUGGAAGUGGUCUUGGAAGCUUCAUUCAACUGCUCCCUUUCUUUUUACUCAUCCUUGUCACCUUAACGUCAAGUUUGUUCUCAUCUGAUUCCAGUUACUCUUCUUCAUCAUCACCAUCCAACUCUAUCCUUACUGAUUUUUCAUUACGUCCAAAAGAUCAAUACACAACCGCCCGUCAUACUACCAUCAGAAAUGUUCCUUAUUUCGUAAACGACGUCCGGUUCAUGAACACUUAUUUUCCAGGACAGCAAUUCGAAUUCAAAUCCACAGGUGCUCGACAAAUGAACGUGAAGCCGGAUCAUGUCACACUCCAGGGCCUACACGUCGGACCAUUGUUUAAGCGGAUGGAAGAAAACGUGGAGCUGGCUUAUCUCAGAGAUAUGCAGGUUCGUUGUAAGGAUGAAAGACGGAAGAAAGAUGAAGCUCGGAAUAGAGCUAUGGGCUUCUGGGGCGCUGAUCCGAAAUUGUGGCAAGAGGCUCAAAAAAUGGGAACACCCAGUUGCGAGAUCAUUCGACAAAAAUAUGGCAAGGCCUAUGUACGUUAA